GCCCAUUCUUUAGGGUUUGUCCAUCCCAAGUCUCUCUAACAUUCUCUCUGUCUGUUCAUCUGUUCCUGUCUUCUGGGCCCCAGUCUGUCCUUCUCAUUACCUCAGUCUACCCUCCCCUCAUCUCCCCCUCUCUCAACUUGGUCCCCAUCUCUGCAUCCUUCAUCUCCAUUCCUCCCCAGCCAGACCACACAUUACCAUCUCCUAUCUCUCUCUAUCCCCAUACAUCUCUCUCUCUGUCCUCUCCCUGUCUACACCUUCCUGUUCCUUGGAACUGCCAGGCUCUUUCCCACUCUGGGCCAUUGCUCAUGCUAUUGCUGCUGCUUUGAAAGCUUUUCCCUGUUCUAGCCCGACUGCCUGUGCCUGGCUCCAUCUCACCCUUCAGGUCUCAAAGAGCUUCCCCCAACUGCCCACCUCCAGGUCCCUUGGUGACACAUCUUCCAACUGUUUCUUUAAGAGCACUUCUCACAGUCUGAGAACUGUGUGUUUAUGUGUGUAUGUUUGUUUGUGUGUGUUUGUUGACUUGCUUACUCUUUGUCUCCUCUCAUUGGAAUGUGACACCAGGAAGCUGGGGACUGCGUGGGGUUUGUCCCCUGCUGGAUCUGCAGCAGCCAGCAUGGUGCCUGGCAUGUAGUUGGUGCUCAAUGAAUAUUUAUUGAAGGCAAGAAUGAGGAAUGGCUGUCCCCUUGCCUGUCCACCCCUAAAUACUGUCUCUUCAUCUAUGCACCCCUAAUCUUUGUCUCCUUGUCUGUCCAUCCCUUUAUUUGUGCAUCCUUAAUCUCUACCCCUUGACUGGCCUUCCCAUUCUCUUCCUCCUUGUCCAUCGGUCUCUAUUCUGUGUCUUCUCUACAUGCCACUUCCCAACCCCUUGCUUGCCCAAGCCCUGUUACUAUCUUCUAGCCUGUCUACCUUGAAUUUCAAUCCUCUGGUCCAUUUGCCCCUAAUUUCUUUUUCCUUGUCCAUUCCUCCCUUAAUCUCCAUCCCCUUGUCCAUCUAUUCCCAAUCUCUGUCCCCUUGUCAUUCUGCCCCCAAUCUCUGUUCCCUUGCCUAUCCUUCCUUUUCUGUCUCUUUUCACCCUUUACCCAUCCCCUCUCCCUCAUCCCAUUCCCUAUCUGCACCCUUGCCCGGCCCCUCCCAAGCGCAGGACCCGCUGGCCACCAUGUCAGGAGACUACGAGGAUGACCUCUGCCGUCGGGCACUCAUCCUGGUCUCAGAUCUCUGUGCGCGGGUCCGAGAUGCCGACACCAGUGACAGGUGCCAGGAGUUCAACGACCUGCGAAUCCGAGGCUAUCCCCGGGGCCCAGAUGCAGACAUCUCCGUGAGCCUGCUGUCGGUCAUCGUGACGUUCUGUGGCAUUGUCCUUCUGGGUGUCUCUCUCUUCGUGUCCUGGAAGCUAUGCUGGGUGCCCUGGCGGGACAAGGGAGGCUCGGCGGUGGGCGGUGGCCCCUUGCGCAAGGACCUAGGCCCUGGGGUCGGGCUGGCAGGCCUGGUAGGCGGUGGUGGACACCACCUAGGGGCUGGUCUGGGUGGCCAUCCCCUGCUGGGGGGCCCCCACCACCAUGCCCACACGGCCCACCAUCCGCCCUUCGCUGAGCUGCUGGAACCAGGCAGCCUGGGGGGCUCAGACACCCCUGAGCCCUCCUACUUGGACAUGGACUCGUAUCCAGAGGCUGCAGCCGCCGCCGUAGCCGCUGGGGUCAAACCAAGCCAGACAUCUCCUGAGCUGCCCUCUGAGGGCGGGGCAGGCUCUGGGCUGCUCCUGCUGCCCCCCAGGGGGGGCUUGCCCAGUGCCCAGUCGCAUCAGCAGGUCACAAGCCUGGCACCCGCCACCAGGUAUCCGGCCCUGCCCCGGCCCCUCACCCAGCAGACCCUGACCCCUCAGCCGGACCCGGGCAGUGAGGAGCGGCCGCCUGCCCUACCUUUACCCCUACCAGGCGGUGAGGAAAAAGCCAAGCUCAUCGGGCAGAUCAAGCCAGAGCUGUACCAGGGGACUGGACCUGGUGGCCGGCGUGGCGGCGGGGCCACGGGCUCCGGAGAGGCCGGCGCGGGAGCACCCGCUGGCCGCAUCAGCUUCGCCCUGCGGUACCUCUACGGCUCCGACCAGCUGGUGGUGCGGAUCCUGCAGGCCCUGGACCUUCCGGCCAAGGACUCCAACGGCUUCUCAGACCCCUACGUCAAGAUCUACUUGCUGCCUGAUCGCAAGAAGAAGUUUCAGACCAAGGUGCACAGGAAAACCCUGAACCCCGUGUUCAAUGAGACAUUUCAGUUCUCGGUGCCCCUCGCGGAGCUGGCCCAGCGCAAACUGCACUUCAGCGUCUACGACUUUGACCGCUUCUCGCGGCACGACCUCAUCGGCCAGGUGGUGCUGGACAACCUCCUGGAGCUGGCCGAGCAGCCGCCCGACCGCCCUCUGUGGAGGGACAUCGUGGAAGGCGGCUCGGAAAAAGCAGAUCUUGGGGAGCUCAACUUCUCACUCUGCUACCUCCCCACGGCCGGGCGCCUCACCGUGACCAUCAUCAAAGCCUCUAACCUCAAAGCGAUGGACCUCACUGGCUUCUCAGACCCCUACGUGAAGGCCUCUCUGAUCAGCGAGGGGCGGCGUCUGAAGAAGCGGAAAACCUCCAUCAAGAAGAACACACUGAACCCCACGUACAACGAGGCGCUGGUGUUCGACGUGGCCCCCGAGAGCGUGGAGAACGUGGGGCUCAGCAUCGCGGUGGUGGACUAUGACUGGAAGCAGGUGUCCAUAGAAAAGACUUUGACCAGCUUCACAAAAGGCAGCAAAGGAUUGUCAGAGAAAGAGAACUCCGAGUGAAGGUCUGGCCUAGGCCCAGGAUCAAACCAGACCCCCUGGGGACCCCAUCCCUUCCUGCCCGGACUAUGAAUUCAUCUCCUCGAAGCCAUAAUGUCCGAGCUGUGUGGUGCGGGGCAGCCCUGGGCCUGCUGGUCCUUCCACCCCUGGAGGCAUGGGGGUGGGAGGCAGGCUGGCCCAGCUCCCUGUUUCAGGGUGGGGGGCACUCAGUCUCCACUGUGUCUGUCUUCCCUUCCCCGGGGCUCUUCAUCCAGGCGAGGGGCCAUGCAUGUCUGGGGGACCCCUGCCCCCCCAAACCCCUGUCUGUCUGUCUCUCUGUCUCUUUCCUGUUUGUACAAGACUUGGUGUCCUAACCCUCAUUCUCGCCGUGAAUGUCAAUGGACCAAUCCUCCGUGUUCCCCUAGACACACAAACACACCUGUGUCUACCCUUUCUGUUCACCACACCCCGCGUCUGGCCGAUCCUCCCCACUGCUGCUGCUAUCAACGCCAGAAUAAACAUAUACCGUGGGUCUCACUCCACCUGGGGCUCCUGUCCUUUCUGGGUUGGGAUGCUGGGUUGGAAUACUCGGGCUCUGCAUUCAAAUAAAUGUUUCA